AUGCUGUUCUUUGCCUUGGCUCUGGCCAUCACUCUGAUCGGUGCAGCACAAGGUUCAGGAGCGGAGAUCUUCUCUCUGAUGGACGAAGUCAACUACCAAAUGGCCUGUUGGAUAACUCUCAUCAUUGCAGCUCUUCUGUUCGCUCUCUACCUGUUCUCUCAUCGCCCACGCCUCGACUGCGGAUCCUCGUACCGACAGCACUUCGCAGUGAGCGAUCUGUGUGCUGCCGUAUAUGCCAGAGAGGAUUACGGUGGCUUCUGCGGUCGCCGGAAGCGCGGAGAACUGAAGCUGGAAUUUACCAAGUACUAUCCCGAUGAAGUGAGCUUGGCCACGGGCCUGCCGCGAACAGCACCGAAUGCCAACUGCGUCGGCCCCGCUUCUGCGCUGCCUACAGCCAUGGCAGGCGACUCGGCAUCCGUGCUUCAAGAGAAAUCUCGUGCGGCUGAGGAGCAGGCCAAAGGAGGCGGGCCGAAGCACCUACUUGGCAGUCGGACAGCCACCCUUCUGGGCGUGUUGGGAACACUAGGGGCCCUCUACGAGUACCUGGCAAUGUUGAACUUCUCGGUGCACUUAACGCCGGUGUGCACGACCAAGCGAAAAGGUUGCAGCUGGAAGGUCGACAACGAUCAGUUCUAUGGCAAGGAGGCCUACGCAGAGGGCGCUCUGGUUCCCUCAGAUCCCGAGUCUGCCAAUUGUGUCGAUGGCCAGCGGUUUUGCGACUACUACUGGAGGCAUUCGGACUACUGUAGCCCGGACCAGGCAGAGUACCAGCAAGCAUCAGCGGCCGUGGAGUGUGACCAGCUUCCGACGCUGUUCAACCUGCUGAAGGAGGUGCCGCUCUACACCUCCGUCGCCAAGUCCAAGGACGUGAAGUACGUCACGCAGGACAGCGGGAUUAUUCCGACGGUAUCAUCUCCCCGCUUCUUCCGUGGCGGAGACUCUGUCAUACCGAAGGGCAUGGAACUGAGGAAGAUUGGCAGUUUGACCGAAGUGAACGCACUUCUGGCAAAGCACUUGCCCAUCGACUUUGAGCAGGUCGAGACCGCGUGCCACAGCGGCCCGGAUGGCUUCGUCUAUGUGGACCUCAUCCGCGAGCCGGAAGUGGAGCCACUGUUCCAGGAGGACUGUGAGGAGCUGCAGCAGGUUUGCUUGGCAGAGACUUGGUCGCCGGAAACCAACGGCUGGUGGCCUCCGAACCGCUGGCUAGACCUGCGCUUCGAGCGCGCCCUGUGCCUCUACGAUAGCUUGCCGGUUCUGCUUUCCAACGGCGGCCACCGAGUCUGGCGGGACGUGGGAGGCACCGAUCUGGAAGGCUUCGGCGAGGGCUGCCAUGGGGAGCCUCUGGCAAAAAGCAGCGCGGAGAGUUUGCGCGCCUGCGAGCAGCUCUGUGAGGCGGAGACCGGCUGCAACUACGCCUUCUACGGUGAGAGCGACAUCAUCGAGGAUAGCGGUCAAAGAUAUAACUGCAUCCUCUACGCCGCCUGUCCCGCCGUGGACGUGCCGGAACCAGACAAAGUGUUUCGACAAGUGCAAUGCGGCGAGGCUCUCUCAAGCAGCUAUCCCAACAGCGCCAUCAGGAACGUCUUCGUCAGGCCGCACACUCCUGGCACUCCCGAUGCUGAUUGGCACAGAUGCCGCGAUGCAUGCCUGAAUGCCACAAGCUGGAGAUCGCUGUGCAAUGGCUUCGCCAUGGAGAGCAUGCCAGCCAAUCUGCAGCAUGGACAGAUGGUGAAGGCAGACUUCACUUGCGCGCUGUUCGGGCCGAGUGAAUUCUCGAUGCCAGCAGGGUGGACGAGGUUACCGACCCAUUUGAACCACACCCUCGGCAUCCCCGGAGUGAAUCGAGGUUCUUGCUUUGUCCGGAAGUUGCCCUUGCGACCGAACAGGAAAAGGAUGACUGUCGCCGGGUCGCUACGCGUCUUCACCGACAGGAUGAACUGUGCAGGUUGCUUCACAAGGGGAGUCUCCUCGUACUACCUGGAGUUUCCCAACCUGGUGAACUUCGUUACGCAGCUCAUAGGAGUUAUCGCCUUUGUUCGAAUGGUGCGAAAAGCGAACGAAGCGGCUCCAAUGGCCGUGGCAUUCUCGGGCAAACCCGAGAUUGUUUUGGGCAUUGCUCGUGAUCCUGCGAACCCAGCAGGAUUCGACGACCGCGAGGCAGCAUACCUUCAGUUCAUCCGAAGCUGCUGGGAUGUGCAUUCCCGGCAUCGCCAACGAGACGCUGGCGCAAAGGACUUCUGGGAAGACAUGGAGGAUGAUGCUGCCGCAUCUUCGGCAAAGGUUACAACCGGACUUACGCAUCGAGACAAUCUCAGCGUGGAGCCUGUGGAGUGCCAAGACUAUGACACCUACGACUUGGUCGACAGCUCGCGACAACACUGUUAUGUAGACAAACGCUUGCUGGGAAUGGCACCUGGAGAGAAGGUUGCAGCUGUCUGGAACGAAACUCAACGUCACAGCUUGUGGAGCUUUCUCGUCUUCGUGUUUCUCUAUGGCUUCGGGAUCGCGCUCUUAGAAUGGCUACUUCCGGACCUCAUGCAAGCGAAGGCUGCGAGGGCUUUCCUCUACCUCGUCGUUCCAGGCUCCUUGUUGGCCUACGUCUACUUCAAGCUCCGCUCAGAGCUGCAGUGCUUGUGUGUCACGACCAACACUGGUCGAGUCAUUCAGCUGUCCAGAACACCGCCCACCGGACUGGGUUUUAUUUGCCCCCACUUCUUUGGCGGCACGGACCUCCGGCUGGACAUGUUCGUUGUCGGGAAGGCCGUGUAUGUCCAGCUGGACAUGCCUCUGAAACCCAUCUGGGCCGAUUGGAUCCGGGCCUGGCGCAGAGAUCCCUGGCGAAGAGGAACCGUGUCUGUUCGAGGAGAGCAUGGUCUGCUACAAGUCCGACGCACGAACGGCGAGGCCGUGGUGGCGUACCGAGCACUGAGCGAGAUGAUCGAGGCGAAAAAGACACAGGGCCUUCGAGCUUGCUGCUUGGGAACGGCUGAGAUCUUCGGGAUCACGGCGAUAGACGACCUGCUUCUCCCGGAUGAAAAUCUCAUUUGGGAGCGGAAGUUGAAUUGUGUCGGCCAUUUCACGGACCCUUUCGACUACACCUCAUUGAUGGUGAUCACUGACUCCAGACUGCAUGUCGCCCGAGCUCGGUGUCCAAAGCCAUUGAGCCUGCGUGGACUUCUUCUAGGUCCACUGACCUUCGGAUUUCGAUGUAUGCACGUCCAGGAGUGGCUCGGCCACCACGCCGGUCUCACGAUCUCGAGCCUGGCGCACAGCAGCCUGGAGUCCUAUGCCACGACGAGAUCUCGGGCUCCUCCCUUUUGGCCUGGUCUGGGCCCACCCAUCGAUGGCUUCGGCUUCGUUUUUAUGCCGAAGUUCACGCAGAUCUAUCCAGCAGCGCUCUCUGUGUCUCAGAAGCCGUAUGGCCUCAGGGUCAAGGCCACCGUGCAAGAUCCGGCCAUACGCCUCUGCGCUCGCAGCGGAUACUUGAGAGUGAAGACAUCUUCGCAGCACUCCCUUCCGAAAGGCGCACGAGUUGUGAUGGUGGAAGACGCCUCUGGGGAGGAGAUAGAACUGGAUGAUGAGUGUUGGUCGGCACCAGAGGGCUGCCUCCUUGAAGAAGGAUCGCGUGUUACCCUCGAAGCCGUCGAUCACCAGUGGUCCACAGUCUCGGAUGAGCCGUGGGUCUCACAGCUGCGAGCGAUCAUGGUGGGCACCUCAGUAUCUAUCUAUAUGUAUAUAUAUAUAUGUAUCGUAACCCAGAACCCAAAACCCUCUAUAUAG